AUGGAGCAGACAGAAGCUAAGGUUCAAGCCAGGCAUUCAGAGUUGGCGGUGUUCCUUGGGUGCUGUAUGCUGCUGCUGCAGGUCAACAGAUAUAUUGCACCAUCUCCUGAAGUGAGGUUUUCUUCUGUAGUUCGUGCUCUGCUACUGUCCAGUUUUGGGAAGUUACUGGUCAUCCCAGCAGUGAUCUGGGGUGAGACAAACAGCACAGUGUACCUGGGCCUCACUAGACUGUUCGUCUUCACGUGUAACUCACUGGCUAUGAGAGUAACCAUGGAUACCAGACAAGAUGUGGCAUGCGGCCUGGUUGCUACGAGCCUGCUAGUACAGUACCUCACAUCCCUGUCCAUCCACAAGUUAUUACACAUUCCAACAUGAUGUUAUGUGCUGUUGGUUAUAACUGUUAAACUGAUUUAUUUAUACAGUUACUAGUGGAGUUUAAAUUUCCUAUGAGUAUUGUUUACCUUGAUGUCUAACCUUCAUCAACGUAACUGAUAAACUGCAAUGUGUGACACACCAGUUCUGUUUUACGAAGUACAAUUGCAAGCUCUGUAUGACAGGACUGAAUGGAUCUAUCCAUUCACACCAGGAAGGAACCCUAUUCUUAUUCAUAGGUGCGGUGGGUUCUUGAUCAAGAUGUGUCACAGAAAACGCACAGAACCCCCUUUUUUUGUAUAGAUUGUAAAUCUAAAGACAACUUUAGGCAACGAAAACAAAUCUUUCUUCACCAUCUUAAAAUUUUUUAUUGCAUACUUUCCUUUUUCUGUACAUGAGCCACCCUCUCCAUAUGCAUUAACCUCAGAACCAAAGAUGCAUUUGACAUUAAAACGUCUCGAUUGAAAACCAUUUAUGUCUAGACGUCUCAGUCAACCCUCUUCACAGAGACCAACUGUC